AGGCUCCAUGCUGCCCUCCUGAAAAGGGGAGGGAGGGGGAAGGGAAGAGAGAGAGGCCAAAACACAAAAAAAUCGCCCGUUUCGGCGCUUCGAGGUGUGGCAGUUUCUCCUCCUGCAGCUUCGGUCGCUUCAGCCAAUAGGAGAGGCGGGCUGGGGGGAAAAGGAAGGCUUUGGAAGGAAGAGGCAGAGCAACGGCAACAGAGAUGGCGCGGCUGGUGGCAGUUUGCAGAGACAGCGAGGAGGAAUUCCUCUUCGAGAGGCUGCAGAUCCCCCUUUACAUCGAUGACACCCUGACGAUGGUGAUGGAGUUUCCUGAUAACAUGCUGAACCUCGAUGGGCAUCAGCACAGUGGAGGCCAAUUGAAGCAGUUCAUUCAGAGGCAUAGCAUGCUGAAGCAGCAAGAUUUGAGUAUCGCUAUGAUGGUGACCUCACGCGAAGUCCUGAGCGCCCUUUCUCAGCUUGUCCCCUGCGUCGGCUGCCGCCGUAGCGUGGAGCGCCUCUUUUCUCAGCUGGUUGAGUCCGGCAAUCCCGCUCUCGAGCCCCUCACGGUCGGAUCCAAGGGAGUCCUCUCUGUCACUCCGAGCUGCAUGAGGGAUGCAAAGAAGCUUUACACACUUUUCUACGUUCAUGGGUCCAAAUUAAAUGAAAUGAUUGACGCAAUUCCGAAAAGUAAGAAGAACAAGCGGUGCCAACUGCAUUCGUUGGACACUCACAAACCGAAGCCCUUGGGAGGUUGCUGGAUGGAUAUAUGGGAACUCAUGUCGCAGGAAUGUCGAGAUGAAGUAGUCUUAAUCGAUUCUAACUGUCUGUUAGAAACACUAGAAGCUUACCUCCGAAAGCAUAGGUUUUGCACCGACUGCAAAAACAAAGUCUUGCGGGCUUACACCAUCCUGAUCGGCGAGCUGGACUGCAGCAAGGAGAAAGGCUACUGCGCCACCCUUUACGAGGGCCUGCGCUGCUGCCCUCACGAGCAUCACAUUCACGUCUGCUGCGAGACCGACUUCAUCGCCCACCUCCUCGGCCGAGCCGAACCCGAGUUCGCAGGAGGGUACGAGAGACGAGAAAGACAUGCGAAGACAAUAGACAUUGCCCAAGAGGAGGUCCUUACCUGCUUGGGCAUCCACCUGUAUGAACGGCUGCACCGCAUCUGGCAGAAGCUGCGGGCCGAGGAACAGACGUGGCAGAUGCUCUUCUACCUGGGGGUCGAUGCUUUACGCAAAAGCUUUGAGAUGGCGGUGGAGAGGGUGCAAGGCAUCAGCCGGCUGGAGCAGCUGUGCGAGGAGUUCUCCGAAGAGGAGAGGGUGCGGGAACUCAAGCAGGAGAAGAAGCGCCAGAAACGGAAGAACCGGAGGAAAAAUAAGUGCGUCUGCGAGAUCCCCGCCCCUUUGCAAGUGAUGGAGGAGAAGGACAUGCGGAGCCAGGAAAAGGAAAACUUCUUGGAAACCAGCUGCACAGCCUGCGGCAGUCCGGGAGAGCACAGCAGCUGCGUCGAGGUCAUCGUGACCAACGCCAAUGCCUCUUGCACUUGUCCCACUGGUGGCACUUUACUGGGUUCACCUAAAAUGAAGAAAGGUUUAUCUGCUCACUGUAAUGGCAGCGAUUGUGGCUACUCUUCCAGCAUGGAAGGCAGCGAAACCGGUUCAAGGGAAGGCUCGGACAUUGCUUGCACCGAAGGGAUUUGCAACCACGAUGAAAAUGGUAGGAAUGCUAUAAAAGUGGAUGAUCCGUGCAUUCACCGUUGCGAAGACAAAGAAGAGGACGGAGACAGUUGUGUCGAAUGCUGGGCGAAUUCGGAGGACACUAGCACGAAAGGCAAAAACAAGAAGAAGAAAAAGAAAAACAAGAAGUGUGAAGCUGAGCACAUUCAAAAGUUGAGUAGCUGCCUGGUGGAGACAAGUAAUCGAGAGGGGCCGGGGACUGCCACGCACACAGACUACCGCCGAGACAAGACCAAAGACCCCCAUGCCGAAAUCUGUUGUCGCACAGAAAAAGCUGGGCCACCUACGGUACCUUGGCUGGAGCACCGGAAAUCAGCCUUGUUGUGUGUGGAAUCUUCAGAGGCGGCCCCUGCUCCAGAAUCGGGGAAGGGCACAAAGAGUUUGGUGGAACUCCUGGAUGAGUCCGAAUGCACUUCCGACGAAGAAAUAUUCAUCUCGCAAGAUGAGAUCCAGUCCUUCAUGGCCAACAACAAGUCCUUUUACAGCAACAGAGAACGGUACCGACAGCAUCUGAAGGAGAAAUUCAACAGAUACUGCCGCCUGAACGAUCACAAGAGGCCCGUGUGCAGCGGAUGGUUGACUACAGCUGGAGCAAACUAAACCGAAUAAAAUUAGCUCUGUCUUUCAGUCAAACUGUCGAAAAUGACUACUGCGCGUUUUCUCUCUCCGGGAAACAGCCUCUCUUAGCAACUAAACAAAAUCGUAUCUUUUAAAAAAA